AGAGGAUUUUAGAGAAUUGCCCUUUCUUCUUCGUUCAAUCCUCCAAUCUUCUCCGAUAAUCAGAUAAUGUCGAUCUCUCUCUACCCGAGCGAAGAGGAUUACCUGUACGAGGAAGAAGUUUUACGCAACCCCACUAGCUACAAACUCUGGUGGCGAUACCUAAUUGCCCUAAGCCAAGCCCCUUUCAAGAAGCGGGCGAUCAUCUACGAGCGCGCCCUGAGAGCCCUGCCUGGAAGCUACAAGCUCUGGCACGCUUACCUCCGCGAACGCCUCGAAUUCGUGAGGAAUUUGCCGAUUACGCACUCUCAGUACGAUGCUCUCAACAACACCUUCGAGCGAGCCCUAGCCACCCUGCACAAGAUGCCGCGGAUUUGGAUAUUGUAUCUGCAGUCUCUGACCAACCAGAAACUGACCACCAAGACCCGCCGGACUUUCGACCGCGCCCUGUGCGCCCUUCCCGUUACACAGCACGGCCCAAUUUGGGAGAAUUACUUGGUUUUCGUCUCCCAGAAGGGCAUCCCUAUCGAGACCUCCUUGAGGGUUUACAGGAGGUACCUGAAGUACGAUCCAAGCCAUAUCGAGGAUUUUAUCGAGUUUUUGGUCAAUUCGGAGUUGUGGCAGGAUUCUGCCGAGAAGCUUGCGGAGGUUCUGAAUGUUGACCGGUUUUACUCCACCAAGGGGAAGACGAAGCACAUGCUAUGGUUGGAGUUGUGUGAUUUGCUGUCUCAGCAUGGGAGCAAGAUCUCGGGGUUGAACGUGGAUGCUGUAAUUCGAGGCGGGUUUCGGAAGUUCAUGGAUGAGGUUGGUAAGCUAUGGACAUCUUUAGCUGAUUUUUAUAUCAGGAGAGGUUUAUUUGAGAAGGCUCGGGAUAUAUUUGAGGAAGGAAUGACGUCUGUGAUAACCAUGAAGGAUUUUGGUGUGAUUUUUGAUGCAUACUUACAGUUUGAGGAGAGUAUGCUUUCGAUUAAGAUGGAGUAUUUAGAUGACAGUGAGGAUGGGGAUAGUGUGAAUGGAGAUGAGGAGGAGGAGGUGGAUAGGCUGGAUAUAAACAAAUUGAGUAAGAAAAUUGACAAAUUUUGGUUGAAGGAUGAAAACGAUGUGGAUUUGAGGUUGGCAAGGUUAGAGUUUUUGAUGGAUAGAAGGCCAGAGAUGGCUAAUAGUGUGCUUUUGAGGAAUAAUCCUCAUAAUGUAGAGCUAUGGCAUCGUCGGGUGAAGCUUUUUGAACAGAACCCCACGAAGAAAAUUCUGACUUACACUGAGGCUGUGAGGACGGUGGACCCCAUGAAGGCUGUUGGGAAACCACAUACUCUGUGGGUAGCAUUUGCCAAGUUGUACGAGGACCACAAGGAUGUUUCGAAUGCUCGGGUGAUUUUUGACAAGGCCGUGCAGGUUAACUAUAAGUCUGUGGACCAUCUUGCCAGUCUUUGGUGCGAGUGGACAGAAAUGGAGAUUAGACACAAAAAUUUUAAGGGUGCAAUGGAAUUGAUGCGACGUGCUACUGCAGAGCCGUCAGUUGAGGUCAAGAAGAGAGUGGCUGCUGGUGGUGAUGUACCUGUACAGAUGAUAGUUCAUAAAUCCCUUAAGAUCUGGACUUUUUAUGUUGAUUUGGAGGACAACCUGGGCAGCUUGGAUUCAACUCGUGCUGUAUAUGAAAGGAUAUUGGACUUGAAGAUAGCCACACCUCAGAUCAUAAUUAAUUAUGCUAAGCUUUUAGAGGAUAACAAAUAUUUUGAAGAUGCAUUUAAAGUUUAUGAGAGAGGGACGUGUAUAUUCAAAUACCCACAUGUCAAAUAUAUCUGGGACACUUAUUUAACAAAACUUGUCGAGAGAUACGCAAAGUCAAAACUGGAUCGUGUUCGGGAGGUUUUCAGAGUUGCAGUUCAAAAGUAUGCAAAGCUGGAGGAAGACUUUGGUCUAGAUAAAAAUGCCAUGGGAAUAUAUGACAAGGCGACAAAAGCUGUGCCGAAUAAAGAAAAGUUGGAGGUGUACGAAAAAUACAUUGCCCGGGCCACUAAAAUAUUCGGCGUUCCAAAAACUAAGGAGAUUUACGAGCAAGCUAUACAUUCUGGCCUGCCGAAAGAGGUUGUGAAGGUCAUGUGUCUGAGAUAUGCUGACGAUGAAAAGAGCCGUGGUGAAAUUAACCGAAGUCGUGCACUAUAUAACCAUGCCUCCAACUAUGUUGAUCCAAUAACCGAUUCCGACUUCUGGAGCAGAUGGCAUGAGUUUGAAGUGCAGCAUGGAAAUGAAGAUACUUUCAGAGAGAUGCUCCGAACGAAAAGAACUCUUUCAGCCAGUCGCAGCCAAAUACACUCCAUCCUUCCCGAGUAUUUAAUGCAAAAGGAUCAACUGCAGCCUUUGGAAGAAGAUAAAGACGUGCUGAAGAUGGCAAACGACACCAGUCGAAGGUUAGGGUUUGUGAGUGCUGGUGUGCAGAAUGCACGGGAGACCCGAACAACCAAUCAAGAGGAUAUUGAGCUACCGGACUAUAGUGACUCAGAAAAUGACUUUGAUAUUGCUCAGAAAGAUGUGCCCAGUGCUGUAUUUGGAGACUUGGCUCGAAAGAGGAACGAGCUGGAUGAUGGUGAUGAUGAUGCCAAAGGCGGUGCUUCACAAAACAAAGACAAUGGUGGCCAUCUUGGUGCCCUUGAAAGAAUCAAGAGAAGACGAGGCGCGUCCGAACAAGAGGCGAGAACGGUGGCUAUGUGGGACCUAGCCCGGAUUCCAAAGAUUUUUAUCAAAUCCAAUUAA